AUGGAGCCCCGCGCCGGUCCAAGUACGGCCGCCCCUCCGGCCGUCGCUUCGCUGACCCCCGCUCCAACGGCCCCUGCACCACCGGCUUCACCGGACUACUCGCCAACGAUGACUUGGAUUUUGAGCGGUCCAGCGGCCCCAAUGCUUGGUGAAGAAGAUGACAUCGAGGCCGCCCUCGCACCGCCCCCGCCACCGUUGUACUGCCCCGUCCAUGGGUUCGGGCCGUGCCCAGCGAGGGACGGCACGGCGCCGCCACUCCCGUCGCCUACUCCACCCGCACCGGCCGUCGACUCUACGUCUCACACCGUCGACGACGAGCCUCCGGUCACCGACCCCGCUCCACCGGCCGACGACGGCGCUGCACUCGACGGCGUCCACCCGGAGGCGAGGCGCCUCCUCCGCACGUUUGCGGCCGCCAUGGCCGCACACCGCUUCGGUCCGGCCGCCAGCAGCUGGAAUCCGGCGGCCCUCGGCCUCUCCUCCUCCAACGAGGGGGGGGGGCCUUCCUCCUUCUAG